AUGUCUGUCAACAACGAGAAGAUGAUUGAGGAAACUCACAAGGAAACACACAUUGAAGAGAUUAAGCCUCGAGUUGAUUACUCCGGCUCUCACGCAAAGACAGAUGCUGCUGAAAUCAAGCUUGUUCGUAAGCUUGACAUCUGGAUCCUGCCCAUUCUUUGGCUUAUGUAUUGGCUGAAUUUUCUUGAUCGCAAUGCUAUCACUAUUGCAAGGCUUGAUGGUCUUGAAAAGGAGUUGAAAAUCACUGGAGUUCAGUAUCAGACUUGUAUUUCGCUCUUGUUUGUUGGAUAUAUCCUAGGUCAAGUUCCCGCAAACAUGCUCAUAACCAGACUCCGGCCUUCAUUGUUCAUGUGUUUCUGGAUGGGGGCCUGGGCCGUGAUAUUCUACACCAGAAAAGAAGUGGCAACACGAGUUGCUAUCCUUUUCUCUGCGAACAUUUGCGGAACAGCCUUCGCCGGACUUAUUGCUAUUGGCAUUUUCAAAAUGAGCGGCAUAGCCGACCUGAGCGGUUGGAGAUGGAUGUUCAUUCUACAAGGCCUCGUUACCUUUGUUGUGGCCAUUCUGGGUUGCUUCAUUCUUCCUGAUGAACCUCACAACACCCGCUGGCUUUCGGAAGAUGAACGAAAACUCGCCCAUGACAGAGUUGCUAGAGAGACUGUGGAAAGGUAUGAUGGAACGACGACUUGGGCUGGCCUUGUGGAUUGCUGCAAGGACAAAAAGUUGUGGCUUUUCCUCGCUUACGGCCACGUGACUUUCGCGGCAUCAAAUUUCAAAAACUUCUUUCCCACCAUUGUUGCAACCUUGGGGUACAACCGUACCAUCACUCUAGCACUGACCUGCCCUCCGUACUUGCUGGCUGCUGUUGCAUCUGUAGCGUGGUCCUGGAAUUCUGGGCGUAUGAAUGAGAGAUGCUGGCAUAUUACCAUUGCUAAGCUUAUCGGUGUUGUCGGUUUCGUCAUGGCUGCGGCGACCUUGAACACUGCUGCACGUUAUGUUGCCAUCUGCCUCUUCUGCUGUGGUCUUUACAUGCAAGCCGGAAUUGGUCCUGGCUGGGUUGGAGCCACCUUUGGACAAACAAAGGAAAAAAGAGCUGUUGCCCUUGCAAUGUCAAAUACGGUCAACACAAUCGCCCCGAUAUACACCUCCUAUCUGUGGAUCCCAUCCGACGCACCUCGCUACGAUAUUCCCAUGGCAGCUAGUGCUGCCUUCUCCGUGUUGGCAAUUGCAAUGACAUGGGCUAUACGAUAUGCUCUUGUAAGGGAAAAUCGGAAAAUCAAACAAUCGAAUUCUGAAGCGACCAUAUUUCAUGUGUAUUAA